GUUGCUGCUAGCAAAUUAAAUAAGUGGUAGGCAGUGUUGGCUGAACAUAACUAUGAUUAUUAGGACUGUUUGUUCGGGAAACACACGCACACCGUUACACCUCUCAUGACUGCUAAUGAGUGCUGUGGAGCUAGCGAUAGCUAGAAGCUCGCGUUCAUAUGGGGGGAGUUAAACAAGAGCAGAGUGAGGCCCCAGCUUCAAAAGGGUCCCAUCAUUCCGACUCCACUCACGAAGAAAACAGCCUAACGCUCCCAGCACAGCCGGUAAAAAAGCGUGGGUGGCCCAAGGGUAAAAAAAGAAAGAAGGUGUUACCCAAUGGUCCCAAGGCACCCGUGACAGGGUACGUGCGCUUCCUGAAUGAAAGACGGGAACAGAUUCGUGCCCUGCACCCUGACCUUCCUUUCCCUGAGAUCACUAAAAGACUCGGCGCAGAAUGGAGCCGUCUCGCUCCCCAUGACAAACAGCGCUACCUCGAUGAGGCUGAGCGAGAAAAGGUGCAGUAUGCACGAGAACUGAGGGAGUAUCAGAAGAGCGAGGCCUACCAGAUCACAAAUGCCAAAAUCCAGGACAAAAGAAUUAAGAAAGAAGAGUUAACAUCUGUUAUCAUCAAUGCCAAUAGCUCAGGAUCAGCAACUUUUAAGAGUUCAGACAUCUCCAACAGAUUCGACGUGCCUAUUUUCACUGAGGAGUUUCUGGACCAGAACAAAGCUCGGGAGGCGGAGCUUCGGCGUCUGCGAAAGGCCAAUGUGGAGUUCGAGGAGCAGAACGCUGUCCUGCAGAAGCACAUUGCUGACAUGUUCAGCGCCAAAGAGCGGCUAGAGGCAGAGCUUGGUCAGGACGAGCUCCGGACGCAGGCUCUGCAGCGCCGCCUGCAGACCAUCAAGCAGACACUGGUUAGCAAUCUGGCUUCGGUGCCCCUACCAGGCACAGGUGAGACUCCCUCGGUUGGGACUCUGGACUCUUACCUGAGCCGUUUGAGCAGUGCCUUAGAGAGCAGUCCUCACGAGCACCGUGCCCUGCUACUCAAGCUCCAAGACCUUCUGGCUCACUUAGACAGUGAGCACUUUUGAGAAACGUGCAUGUGUACAGUGGGAUGGGACCAGAGUGAUUACCUGAGGUCCAGGUUUGUAGGUCCACCCCAACAACCAGGAGAGUAACGUCUGCCUUAGUGGAGCAAUAGUGCCUGAAGGUGUAACUGGACACACUAUGAAAUGUUAAUUAUUUUGCAUCUUUUGGAUUUCAUUAGGGUCACUGGGAAUAUUUUGUAGACUUUAUGUAAUGAGUGUAAUGGGGGUGGGGGAUGGGGGGGGAUGGGGUAGCCAUGCUUAUAAAUUGAAACUUGAAUUUCCCUUUUGGUAUAUUUAAUAAUAUGGUAUAUUUUCAGAUUAGAUCAGCUAUUCCUUGAUUUUUUUCAGUGCUAGACUGGCUAGUUUGCCAUUUCGAUUACAACUAUUCAUUUCUGAUUCCAUAAAUGUAACUACUUUUUUUUUUACUAUUGAUUGCUAAUAUGCAAUGAAAUUGCAGCAUUUCAGGUAUAUUAUGACAUUGAAUCUUACCAUUUUCUCUCUAAUUUUAAACCUAAAGGUUUAUAAUGAUUUAUUAUAAUUGUGUAUUUUAAUGGAAAUACAUUCCUGUAAGUACUCAGAUUGUGUCAGAGAAUGUUUGAGUUGUAAAAUAAAAUCUGUCCUAAUUUGUAAAUGUUCA